AUGAGCUGUUCUAUAUGCUCACGUGCCCCUCAUUCCCGCCUUUCUUUCCACUGCCCAACGUGUGCCCGCAAUCAGCUAUAUCAACUACGAAUCGAGAGCACUCAAGUUCUUCUGGAGAAAGAAGUCCUUGGAAAGCAAAUUGAGACUGCUGUUACCUGUGGUAGCUCCUGGGAUCAACCUUCCGCACACCGACAAGAUCUCCUCGAUACGGACAAAGCUUGCUCUCCCCACUGGGUCCUCCAAACGAUAAGCACUCAACAUGCAGUGUCUUUGGCAAAGAGAGAAUCGAUUUCACAACAUCUUGAGGCUUUAAAAUCGGAGAUCGAAGCUAGGAAAGCGAAUAUUUCCAAGCAAAAAGAAGCCCUGGCACGUAGACGCUCCGAUGCUGAAUCUGCCAAAUUCCAACUAGAAGAGCGGGAAUCCGGAAUACUGGCGGGCGUUCAAAAUACUAGCAAACGGGUGGAGCACGUUUGGCACUCCCUCCAUAGCAAGACAGCGGAGUCACGUAUUUAUCUUUGUCGAGAAGUCGCCAAUCUCUAUGGCCUGCGGAAGGCUACGAAGAAGGGGCAAGCUCGGGAGACAUAUGUGCUUGGAGGUGGUGUUAUCGUUGACUUGAGGGAUCUGAAUGGGAUUCCACAAGAGCAGAUAUCCACGUCUUUUUCUAAUAUCGCUCAUCUUCUGAUCAUUGUCUCACAUUAUCUCUCCUUGAGACUUCCCGCCGAAAUUACACUACCCCACAAAAACUAUCCUGUGCCUACGAUCUAUAAUCCCUCGGCAUCAUAUCGCUCGCGCGAUGGUCACAAUGGAGCUGAUUACCAGUCUUCGUCAAGUCCAGCUGCAUCCAGGACGGUGGACCCGCGCACCCACACACCACACCCGCGGCCUCUCUUUAUUGAUAAACCUUUACCCCGGUUAGCGAAGGAGGAUCCCGUAACAUACGGCUACUUUCUCGAAGGUGCCUCUCUCCUAGCAUGGAAUGUUGCAUGGUUAUGUCGAACCCAAGGGAUAAACAUCUCAUCAGACUCUUGGGAGGAUGUCUGCGAUAUUGGAAAGAGCUUGUGGCAACUGCUGGUUGCUCCACCAGCCCAUCCUUCAACUCUGAUGCGAGCCUUCGCUGGCCGAGAUACGCAGAACCAGAUAAAAUCUGCCAAAGACUCGCCCAAAACAACCAUUCAGCGGACAACUUCUUUUCCCAUGUUGGGUCACUAUUCUCAUGGCACGGCACAUUCUUUCCUGGGAGCAUCGGAAGGAGUUGAAUUCAUGCGACUAUGGAAACUCCCAACCCCACUCAAGAUUGCAGAUAAAUUGAAGGCCAAUUUUCAAGGCGAAAUGGCCAGUGCGGAAUGGGAAUUGCUGGAAGAAAAAGAAUGGGAUGAUGCGAUGGAGUCCCGGUCAUCUGUUCCGCAGAGCCCCACGGCCAUUUCCCCGAGCUUUCAAUCUGGAUCGGCGGGCACAGAAAGCAGAACUACAAGUUCAAAAACCGCCAGGAGGACUCAAAGCCAAGACGACCCCCCGCCUAAUGGUAUCAAAGGUUGGACUAGAGUAAAGACCAGGGAGAGGACAGGUAUCUAA